GUUGGAUAUUCGGGCAAUUCGAUAUUCGUGCCGGAUCUCGAAUAUCGGGCGUGUGAGCGGAAAUUGAAAUUGGCGUGUAUCUCCCAUAUGCGCCGAUUCGACAGCUGUCCAUCGAUUUGAUCGGAAUAUAUAUCGGUAUCGAGAGGGACCGAUAGAAGAAAUUUUCGAAAAUCGAUAUAUUUCGAAUCUUUCAAUUUUAUUAAUCUCGAUAGGAUCGCGGGACGAAACGUUUGUUGGCUACGCGAGCGGCCAACUUCGGGCGAAAGGAUGAAGAACGUUUGACAGUCACUUUUGUUGUUUGAUCUUGAUGGAGACGAAAUUUACAGAGUAUUGUAGAGAUAUUCCAGAUUUUCCGAUCUAAUUUCUGUUUUCGACUCGAUCGAAUCCCCGGGAUGUUACACCUGACUCGUGAGUAUCGCGUUCGUUAACCAUGUCCGUGCCCAAAAAGAAGUUACUCGACACCGCCUGGAACACGACAACGUUUUUGCUCACCAAGCAGCCGGAAGAUUUCGUGGAUGGGCAUCGCGUUAAAAUCGUCAUCGUCGGCAGCGGUUAUACCGGCGUGGCCAUCGGAAUCGCAAUCCUCUUCAAGCGGCUCGCCUCCGAGCUGGUGUUCAUAGACGUGAACGAGGAAUUGGCGAAAGCAGAGGCGGAAGACAUCAGCCAUGGCGCUGCAUUCCUCGGCAACCCGAAGAUCAUCGGUACCAAAGAUUAUUCGCUGGCCAGAGACGCGACGGUGUGCGUGAUCACGAUCGGUGAUAGAUCGACCAACGAACAAGAUCCGAGCACUUUGUUGGAGCAAAAUUUGAACAUCUUCAAAGACGUUAUACCGAAAGUGUGCAAGUACGCGCCCAACAGUAUACUUUUGAUCGUGACAGCUCCAGUCGACAUACUGUCGUACGCAGCCAUGAAGCUCUCGGGCUUCCCACCGCAUCGCGUGGUGGGGCUGGGCACAUUUUUGGACAGCUGUAGGUUUCAAUACUUCAUCGCGCAGAAACUUGGAAUUUCGGCGAGCUCGGUGCAGGCCUCCGUAAUUUGCGAGAACGGACCCACGUCUGUGCCGAUCUGGUCUGCCGUGACGGUGAUGGGGAUCAAGCUGAAGGACAUAAACAAAGACAUCGGUACUAAAGCGGAUCCGGAAUCUUGGGGCGAGCUGCACGCGAAAGUAAUCGAUUGCGACAACGAUCUUAUCUCGAGGAAAGGGUAUCGGUGCUGGGGGAUGGGUAUCUGCGCCGCCGAGGUUGUCGACGCCAUCGUACGAAAUACUUGCAUCUGCGUCACGGUUUCCACCUACUUGAAGGGUUGUCGGCACGGUCUCGAGAAAGACGUUUACAUGUCCCUGCCGUGUAUAGUAGGCAGAAACGGCAUAGAGACGCUUCUUCGUCACCCGUAUACACCGGAGGAGCAAGAACUCACGGAGACGUCGUGUCGAACCAUUUUCGAGACUCAAAAAUCGAUUCUCAAUAAUUUGGAAUAAGUUACUUCUUCUUCUUCUAUCGAGAAUAUUUCAAAUUUCACGCAAUUCGCACUCAGCUUUUAUGUGAAAAAUUAGAAAGUUGAUACGAUAAUAAAAUCGAAAAUACAAU